UAUCUAUUUCUUUAUCUUCACCAACCCCACCAAUUCCCCUUUGCUUUUUCAAAAUCAGAUCACACACACUAACCAUUUUCCUUACCCCUAUUUAACCCCUUCCCUCUUCUUCUUCUCCACAACCCUCACCCACCUCCCAGAAUCCUUUCACACAUUAAUUACUACCUCUGUGUUUUAUUCUUUCUUUCUUUCAUUCUUUCUUUCUAACAAUGGCUUCUUUCCAAAACAUUGAAGACAACUUGUGCCAUACCCAUAGUGAUCCACUCAAUUGGGGGGUGGCUGCCGAGUCUCUCAAGGGAAGUCAUCUUGAUGAGGUUAAGCGCAUGGUGGAGGAGUACAGAAGGCCCCUUGUUAAGCUUGGAGGUGAAACUCUUACUAUUUCUCAGGUGGCUGCCAUUGCUACUCGAGAUUCUGAUGUUAUUGUUGAGCUUUCUGAGUCCGCUAGAGUCGGUGUUAAGGCUAGUAGUGAUUGGGUUAUGGAGAGCAUGAAUAAAGGCACUGAUAGUUAUGGUGUUACUACUGGAUUUGGUGCUACUUCUCAUAGAAGGACCAAAGAAGGUGGUGCUCUUCAAAAGGAGUUGAUUAGAUUUUUGAAUGCGGGAAUUUUUGGAAGUGGAGCUGAAUCUGAUCAUACUUUGCCCCAUUCAGCUACGAGAGCAGCCAUGUUGGUGAGGAUCAACACUCUUCUUCAAGGCUAUUCGGGUAUUAGAUUUGAGAUUUUGGAAGCCAUUACCAAACUCUUGAACAAUAAUAUCACUCCUUGCUUGCCUCUUCGUGGAACCAUUACUGCUUCUGGAGAUCUUGUUCCUCUUUCUUACAUUGCUGGAUUGCUCACUGGCCGUCCAAAUUCUAAAGCUGUUGGUCCAAACGGAGAAAGUUUUGAUGCAAAGGAGGCUUUCCAACAAGCUGGUAUUCCAUCUGGGUUCUUUGAGUUGCAGCCAAAGGAAGGGUUGGCACUUGUUAAUGGCACUGCUGUUGGUUCUGGGUUGGCUUCUAUCGUUCUCUUUGAAGCAAAUAUUUUGGCUGUUUUAUCUGAAAUUUUGUCCGCCAUCUUUGCUGAAGUUAUGCAAGGCAAACCCGAAUUUACUGAUCAUUUGACCCAUAAGUUGAAGCAUCAUCCGGGCCAGAUUGAGGCAGCUGCAAUCAUGGAACACAUUUUGGAUGGAAGUUCUUACAUGAAAACGGCUAAGAAGUUGCAUGAAAUGGACCCUCUACAAAAGCCUAAACAAGAUCGCUAUGCCCUUCGCACUUCACCCCAAUGGUUGGGUCCAUUGAUUGAAGUUAUUCGAUUCUCUACAAAGUCUAUUGAGAGGGAGAUUAAUUCAGUCAACGAUAACCCUUUAAUUGAUGUUUCAAGGAACAAGGCUUUACAUGGGGGCAACUUCCAAGGAACUCCAAUUGGAGUCUCCAUGGACAACACUCGUCUAGCUAUUGCUUCAAUUGGAAAGCUUCUUUUUGCUCAAUUUUCAGAGCUUGUCAAUGAUUUCUAUAAUAAUGGGUUACCCUCAAAUCUCUCUGCAAGCAGAAACCCAAGUUUGGAUUAUGGAUUCAAAGGUGCUGAGAUCGCCAUGGCUUCAUAUUGCUCUGAGCUCCAAUACCUAGCAAAUCCUGUAACUAGUCAUGUCCAAAGUGCUGAGCAACACAAUCAAGAUGUUAACUCUCUUGGUUUAAUCUCAUCAAGGAAAACAGCUGAGGCAAUUGACAUUUUGAAGCUCAUGUCUUCCACAUUUAUGGUUGCUCUUUGCCAAGCAAUUGACUUGAGACAUCUAGAAGAGAACUUGAAACACACAGUUAAAAAUACAGUAAGUCAAGUGGUGAAGAAAGUCCUCACCACUAACUCAAAUGGCACACUCCAUCCAUCAAGAUUUUGCGAGAAGGAUUUACUCAAAGUGGUUGAUAGGGAAUACACCUUUGCUUAUAUUGACGAUCCAUGCAGUGCUACUUAUCCAUUGAUGCAAAAGUUAAGGCAAGUUAUUGUCGAACAUGCUUUAAACAAUGGAGAGGGUGAAAAAGAACUAGCUACUUCAAUCUUUCAAAAAAUUGGAACAUUUGAAGAGGAGCUGAAGGCUGUUCUACCCAAAGAAGUGGAAAACGUAAGAUUGGCUUACGAAAAUGGAGAUGCUACUAUUGAGAAUCAAAUUAAGGAAUGCAGAUCUUACCCACUAUAUAAGUUUGUGAGAGAAGCGUUGGGCACUAAUUUGCUAACUGGAGAGAAAGUUAUAUCUCCAGGAGAAGAGUGUGAAAAAGUUUUUACUGCUUUGUGUCAAGGAAAGAUGAUUGACCCAAUUUUGGAAUGCUUAAAGGAAUGGGAUGGCGCUCCAAUUCCUAUAUGCUAAUACCAUUAAACGAAAUUAGAACAAGCACAACUAUAGAACAUAAUAAUAAUAAUAUCAUACUUUUUGUUAUUUCUUUUAA